UUGGUGUGGAAAGGGUGGGAGAAGGGAUUACAUAGGAGGGACAUGUUGGAAGUGAGAACACAAUGGCAGCUCAGCUGAAACCCACCCUCGGUCCCUGCAGCCUCCUGGGGCUCCUUGCCCUCUUCACUGCUGUCAAAUGCAGUUACAGCCCGGAGCCGGACCAGCAGCGGACGCUGCCCCGAGGCUGGGUGACUCUUGGCCGUGUGGAUCCUGAGGAAGAGCUGAGUCUCACUUUUGCCCUGAAGCAGCAGAACCUGGGAAGACUCUCGGAGCUGGUGCAGGCUGUGUCGGAUCCCAGCUCUCCUCAAUACGGAAAAUACCUCACUUUAGAGGACGUAGCUGAGCUGGUCCGGCCAACACCGCUGACCCUCCACACUGUCCAAAAAUGGCUGUUAGCAGCUGGAGCCCGGGACUGCCAUUCAGUGACCACACAGGACUUUCUGACUUGCUGGCUGACUGUACGACAGGCAGAGCUGCUGCUUCCUGGAGCCGAGUUUCAUCGCUAUGUGGGGGGACCUGAAGAGACCCAUGUUGUAAGGUCCCCACAUCCUUACCAGCUCCCUGAGGCUUUGGCCCCUCAUGUGGAUUUUGUGGGAGGACUGCAUCGCUUUCCCCAGAUCUCAUCCCUGAGGCAACGCCCUGUGCCACAAGAGGCAGGAACUGUUGGCCUGCACUUGGGAGUGACUCCAUCUGUCAUCCGUCAGCGGUACAACCUGACAGCACAAGACGUGGGAUCUGGCACCACCAACAACAGCCAGGCCUGUGCCCAGUUCCUGGAGCAGUACUUCCAUAACUCAGACCUGGCUGAAUUCAUGCGCCUAUUUGGUAGCAAAUUUGCACACCAAGCAUCAGUAGCCCGUGUGGUUGGAAAGCAGGGCCGGGGCCGGGCCGGGAUCGAGGCCAGUCUAGACGUGGAAUACCUGAUGAGUGCUGGUGCCAACAUCUCCACCUGGGUGUACAGUAGCCCUGGCCGGCAUGAGGCACAGGAGCCCUUCCUGCAGUGGCUCCUGCUUCUCAGCAACGAGUCGGCCCUGCCCCAUGUGCACACUGUGAGCUAUGGAGAUGACGAAGACUCCCUCAGCAGCACCUACAUCCAAAGGGUCAACACCGAGCUCAUGAAAGCGGCCGCUCGGGGCCUCACCCUGCUCUUCGCCUCAGGGGACACUGGAGCUGGGUGUUGGUCUGUUUCUGGAAGACACAAGUUCCGUCCUAGCUUCCCUGCCUCCAGCCCCUAUGUCACCACAGUGGGAGGCACCUCCUUCCAGAAUCCUUUCCUUGUCACAAAUGAGAUAGUUGAUUACAUCAGUGGCGGUGGCUUCAGCAAUGUGUUUCCACGGCCUUCAUACCAGGAUGAAGCCGUGGCCCAAUUCUUGAAGUCCAGCCCUCACCUACCACCAUCCAGUUACUUCAAUGCCAGUGGUCGUGCCUACCCAGAUGUUGCUGCACUUUCUGAUGGCUACUGGGUGGUUAGUAACAGUGUGCCCAUUCCGUGGGUAUCUGGAACCUCGGCUUCUACUCCAGUAUUCGGUGGAAUCUUAUCCUUGAUAAAUGAGCACAGAAUCCUCAAUGGCCGCCCACCUCUUGGGUUUCUCAAUCCAAGGCUCUACCAGCAGCAUGGGGCAGGACUCUUUGAUGUAACCCAUGGCUGCCAUGAGUCCUGUUUAAAUGAAGAAGUGGAGGGUCAGGGUUUCUGUUCUGGUCCUGGCUGGGAUCCUGUAACAGGCUGGGGAACACCCAACUUCCCAGCUCUGCUGAAGACACUACUCAACCCUUGACCCACUCCUGCCAAGAAGGCUGAACUGUCCCCUCUGCUGUAGGUGGUGGCUCAGUCCUUUAUCCUGCCUUGUUGGAAGCCCUGCUGAACUAACUCUCAACAGUUGACUGUUGCAGAGAGCUGUUCCCUAACCCUAACCCUGAAUGCUAUGAGCUGGACUUGACUCCCAAACCUACUGUCCUCCAUUACACUCAGGUCUCCCAAAUGCCUCAAGUUCCUCAAGGUACUAAAACCAGCAUAAUUUGUCUCACCCUCCCCUCCCAACUGCCCCAUCUCUUCCUCCUAUUUCAACCAGAGGUAUAAAUAUAGGAGAAGCAGCUGUUUGCCAUUACUGGUCCUAGCAAGCCAAGAGCUGAUACCUACCUGCUCUCUGCACAGAACAUAACAGCUGUUUCACUUCCUUUGCUCAAUUCACUGCACUGAGACCCCUACUUUUAUCUUUUAGGCUUCCCUCCUAUGACAUUAAAAAAUAAUGGCCUCCUUGCUGCUUUGA